AUGUCAAGUUACAUACCAAAUUCAGAAAAUGGAAGACAUUCAGCUCCAAUGCUAUACUUAAGAGAGCCUCUACAAGAUUCAUACUCGUCGGAAUCACCAAUUCUCGCCGGAAAUGUGAUGAUGUAUAUGAAUUUUUCAUCAGCUUCAGCCGGAGAGUUUUCAGGUUCACUGACCAGAAAUUCCCAGCAGCCUCACAACACCUGCAUUGACAUUCCCAACGUCGGAGUUCAUGAUUCCAGUGUUGUCUCGCAUCAAGAAUUCCUCUCGAGCAUGGGGGAGCCAUGGAGAGAUGGUCGGAAUCAUGAAAUGGUGUUAAUGGAUCAAAUGGGUAGUCGGAAUUUGCAAGGGCAAGGUCAGGGGAAGGGACUAUCACUGAGUCUUGGUUCCCAUCCCGGAAUCCAGUUCCAUUCCAGUGAUUACCAGAAUCCCAACCUGGGUUUCUCUUCGUUUCUAAGUCCUGAUUCCGUGGUCGAAAAUAGCAGUAAGGAUGUUUCUCCCUAUGGAAUCGGGAACGUUUCAAGGGCGAUUUCUGAUUCCAAGUACCUAAAAGCAGCACAACAACUGCUUGAUGAGAUCGUUAAUGUUGGUAAAGCUCUCAAACAACAUAAUUCUAGGAAAGAAUCCACGGAUGAUUCAAAAGGGGUCGAUGGUGAAUCGAAGAACGUAAAUCAACAAGAAUCGAACGAAUUCUCGGCUGCAGAAAAACAAGAUUUUCAAAACAAGAUGACGAAGUUGAUCUCUAUGCUAGAUGAGGUUGAUAGAAGGUACAAACAGUACUACCAUCAAAUGCAGAUUGUUGUAUCGGCAUUCGACGUGAUUGCCGGAUGCGGGACUGCUAAGCCGUACACAGCGCUUGCUCUCCAAACGAUUUCACGCCAUUUCCGCUGCUUGAGAGACGCAAUAAACGGCCAAAUAAAAGAGGCUCAGAGAAGUCUUGGUGAGACUGAUUCCACCACAAACGGAAAAGGAGUUGGGAUUUCCAGGCUUCGGUUUGUGGAUCAGCAGCUCAAGCAACAGCGAGCUCUUCAGCAGAUCGGUAUGAUGCAACAACAUACUUGGAGACCACAAAGAGGGCUUCCUGAAAACUCUGUGUCGAUUCUUCGUGCUUGGUUGUUUGAGCAUUUUCUGCACCCAUAUCCUAAAGAUUCUGACAAGAUCAUGCUAGCAAGACAAACAGGCUUGACCAGAAGUCAGGUCUCAAACUGGUUCAUAAAUGCACGAGUUCGUCUAUGGAAGCCAAUGGUGGAAGAAAUGUACAAAGAGGAAGCUGGAGAUGCUGAAAUGGAGUCAAAUUCUUCAUCAGAAAUGGCACCCAAAGACACAGAAGGCAAUAGAAAGACUUCAGCUGAUCAAGGAGAAGAUAAGAACCAGAGUACUGCAGCCUCUUCUGCAUUCGACUCAAAAUCAUUUAAUCAAGCUCACAACACUGAAAUGGUAGGAACCAGCACUGACUCAGAUUUCCAAAACAUGAUGCUUCAGUCUAACAGAGGUGAACGUGAGAGGCUUGUGGCGGCAUAUCAGAUGCAGCGAAGAUUUGGAAAUCGGAAUGGAGGUGGGGUGUCACUUACACUAGGCUUACAAAACUGUGAAGAUGGUAGCUUACCACCAAUGGCUUCUAUUGGAAGCCAUAAUCACAGUUUUGUUGAUGUAAGAGGUGGCGGAGGUGGCGGAGGUGGUAGUGGUGGUCGUGGUGUGUAUGACACUGCCACAGGCUCAUCGGUGGAGGCAGAGACAAUCGAUUUCGAUUGUGUGGAUUCAAGUAACCGACAACAAAGGUUUGGCUCUUCUCACUUGCUACAUGAUUUUGUAGCAUGAGAGAAGAAUGGUGGCUUUAUGCAAAUGACCAUUUUGUUAAAAUUCUUGAUCUAUUAUCAAGUAGUGUGGAGCACAAACUAUAUGUAUAAUUGUAAAGAUAAGAUGCAUAUAUUUUUUUUCGGU